CGGGAAUAGGUAAAAGCAAUCUUGUAUUAUCGUUCGUUCGUGGUUGGAUUCAAAAAUGUACAUUCAUUUGCUCAACCCGAAUUGUGUUAAUUGUGUUUUCUAUCGCAAUUGGAAAUACCAAUAUCAGUAGGUAUAAACUCACCGUUUCACUAAUAUUGUAGCCCAACGACUUUAUGUAAUACACGGGAAAUAGCCAAGCUUGAAUUAUAUCAAAUGAUAAAUCGCGAUAAUUGGUGACUCUUCGGUGCACAACACACAAACUAUACCAAGUAGAGCAUUAUUACUAUUGUUUUCUAUUAAAACAGUCAUUCCAAAACGGGCAAAUUUAUCUAUUAUAUCACACAUUGCUUGUAAACGACGCACGUGACUCGAGCCAAUAGAAAUAAUUGGUUCUGUCGGUUUUUUGUAUUAGCUACGACAUUCUCUAUCUAUUUGAUUUCGUUUUCAACGGCAAUACUUGAGGUGUGAUGGAUGUGUGUCUUCAGAAAUGCACAAAUGGCUGCAAUUGCCGGCCACUCCGACGGACGACCCACUGGCCACUGUUUAUCCCAUCAACCAGUACAGAAAAUCUCACGUGUACGCUGUCACCAGAAUAAAUCCAAUUUACGUGGACGACGAGCACCGCGGCGGCGCGUCAUGGGACAAGAGCCGUGGCAGUUCCGGGUACGAGAGCCAACCGCACUCGGACCACUCGAGUCUGGACAAGUCGUCGCCGCCCGCCACGCAGAGCCUGAGGUCGGCCGGCUCGCCGCCCGGUUCGUCGCGGUCGUCGUCGGGCAAGUCCAGUCAAAAGCCGGUCGAGCCGUGGCUGUCGCCGAUCAAGGAGGGCGUCAUGGACGCGCACGAGUACUGCAUACCGCGGCCGGUGUGGCCCGGCUACGGCGGUGACGCGGUGCACGCGUACCCGGACCCCGAGCGCAUACCCAGGGUCCGGUGUUGCAGGCACUGCGCCCGUUGCAAGUGUCGCAGGACCGGCGGCGGCGGCAGCAGCAGCAAUUCCGGGUACUCGUCGGCGUGCAGCGGCGGGACGAUCAGCACCAUCAGCAGCGGCGGCGGCGGAAGGCCCAACGCAGGCGCCGGCGAAGGCACGGGCUCCUCGGACGAGGUGUCGCCUUCUUCCGGCACGGUGUCCGUCAAGUCCAACACGCCGUCCGAGCUGGACGCCCGCCGGCAUUACCACUCCGGCGCCGGCAAGACGCAGGCCAACGACUGGAACUCGAUGAUCGACCUGAGGCUCAACCAAAAGACUGAUAAUCUACAAUACGAUUGCGGAGCGGUGUUACGCGGACUCCAAUUCACUCUGGACGCACAACAAGCGGAAAAGUUAAUGCAGAAGAUCAAAGUGAGCAAAAAACAACGCUGCUGGUGUCGCGUGGUCACGGCGUGCUUGGGUCUGUUCAUGUUCAUUGUGUCCGUAGUCACUGUCAGCCUUGCGCUCACCAGAGGACAGAAAAUGUUUGGCUCUCUCUGAACGGCCAUGAUCAAAAAAAAAAAAACCAUCAAAA